AUGUUGAUUUCAAAGAAACACGAUUUCUUAGAGAGUGCUAAAAUGUCAAUUCCUUGUCGUUUACAGCAAGAUCACAAUCCUCCAAGCAAUAGCAGGGAGAUGAGAAAUAAAGCAGAGAAACUCAGACGUGACAAACUCAAUUCAUACAUUGGAGAACUUGCUAAGAUGGUACCAACAGUUGCCAAAAGUCCGAAGAGAAUGGACAAAACUAGCAUUCUGAGGCUGAGUGCUGCACAUCUGCGCGUUUACCAUACUUUGAUGAAUGGUAAGAUUAAAUUACAGAUACAAAUGCCAAAAGAGGUAGACCAAGGUAUGCUGGAACAAAUAGUAUACAAUGAAUUAGGUGGUUUUAUGAUGAUAUUAGAUGCAAAUGCAAAGAUAAUGUUUGUUUCCCCUACUGUUGAAAAUUUACUGGGAUAUCUGCAGACAGAUCUUAUGGGUCAGUCAAUUUACAAUGUGACACUACAAUUAGACCAUGAUAUUUUAAGGAAACAUUUGGUUGUUGGUAAUAGUAUAGAUAAUAACUCUAACAGAGAUUAUUUUAUGAUUUCCUUAAAGCGGGCUGGACCUAGAUCUGAAAUGCCAGUUUAUGAAAGAGUAAGAGUAAUGAGUGUAUUCAAAUCCAUUUCAUACUCUUAUGACGUCGAUGAACAUCCAUCAACAUCAGUAGGAGUACCUUUGACCCAAAUAGGUUCAGACAUUUGGCUGCUUUUCAUGAGGACAAAUAGACCAGAAAAAAUUCCAUUAAGAAUGAUGGAAUCUUCAAAGGAUGAGUAUUAUACUAGACAUUUGGUAGAUGGUCGUAUUGUAUGCUGUGACCAGAGGAUUUCUUUAAUUGCUGGAUAUUUCACUGAUGAAGUUUUUGGAAUAUCAGCUUUUAAGUUUAUGCAUAUAGAUGAUGUCCGUUGGGUCAUAAUUGCCUUAAGACAGAUGUAUGAUCGAGGUGAAACGAAGGGUAGUUCCUGCUACAGAUUGCUGUCUAGGAACAGCAAGUAUAUUUACCUGAAAACUUCUGGUUUUUUGGAAUACGAUUCACAUGGCACUGUUGAAAGUUUCCUCUGUUAUAACAGUUUGGUGGAAGAAGAUGAAGGUGAAAGAUUAAUUGAAGAAAUGAAACGUAGAUAUUCAGCUUAUGUCAAUACUAAUUAUUUGAUUCCGGGGAGUCCUAAUACCCCUAUUGGAGCAGAAACUUUAGAGGAACCUUUGAAUAUAGAGCAAGCUGUCAAGCAUCUAAUUAUGAACUUACCAUCAUCCCCUUGCUCAAUUCCAAGUCCAAAAUUGCUCUAUUUUGACGAGAAAGAAGACUGUGAUGCCAAACUGACUGAAAUUUCAACGGAAAAUAAAAUAAUCCCUAAGACUGUUCUGAAGAGACCGCCCAGCACCAACUUGGAUGCUAAUAUUUCCUUCAAACGUCUGAAGAAUUCAUCUUACCCUGUAAACAAUGUCAACUUAAACUUUAUUGGAACCAGGAUGGGGGAUACAAUCAAAAAGGAACCAUCUGAAGAACUAUGUGGAAAAAUUUAAUAUAUAGUUUCAAGUGGUGUAAAGGUUAUGUCUGAGAAAUUAGGAGAUGUUUUUAGAAGAUCAGGUUUCAAUUAAAUGCAGAUUGGAGGGAAGAUUGGAUAAUCGAAAAUUUCUCUGGACCAAUGAAUUUACACAGAAAUUCUUAGGCUCUAAUUGAUGUUAGGUUGUUUUAACCUAAAAGGAAAAAGCAGACCUUUUAGUCAAUUAAAAAAACAAAAAAACACAAUAAAAUUUAUUAGAAAUAUUUACAUGUAUUCGAAUAAAGUCCUGAAAAGAUGACCAUCUGAAAAAUUAGUCUUUCCAGUUGGGUAAAAAUUCAAACGAAAAGAAUUUAAUUAGGUUGUAUUGGAAAAAUGAACUGAAAAAUAUCGACUGCAAACAUUUUACUGUAUUUAUUGUGAUAGUUGAUUGUACAAUUUUAAAGAAUUUUUAUCACUCACUGAAUUUAGUGAUUCUUGAUACCGCUUAAGGAAUAUUUACGGUUCCAUCUGCACUUUUUCGAAAGCUUUUCUCAAAACUUUUUCAGUUAUUUUCUCAGACUUUCAGCUUAAAAUAUACUCAAGACUGAUGUCAGCCAUACUUAAAAUUUGAUUUUACUCAUCGAUAUCAUGCAUGUUGAUUGUGUAGUGGUUAGAAUUUGUUCUUUGUUCAAGAGAAACAGACAACAGUUGCUAUAUGUGUAAGGAUGAAGUGCAAAUAAUCGGCCGUGGUCUGCGCACCCUGUAGAGUGAAAAUUUUUGCUUAAGAUGCAGAAAUCGUUUGGGACAAUUAUUUUGGUAAAGUUAAGUGCUUGAUUUUGUAUGAGGAAAGACUGAUAGAUUGUACAGAUAAUAUUUUUAUUUUAAGGCGUUUAUUAUUUUGUUCCAAGAGUACUUACUCUUUGAGAGAAAUAGAGAGAAAAUAUUCAGUUUUCUAAGGACAAAUAUAAUUUUCUUUUCGUUUCUUCAAAAUCCAUGAAAAGGCAGCUUCUUCAGAUUACAAAAUAUGAUUCAGAUGGAAAAUGUUUUGGAAAAACGAAUCAAUUGUCACAGAUUAUAUUGCAAUCUAACCAAUUGAAUACGAUUGUAUGUGUGAAAGGAACCAAUAAAAAUUUAAAAAAACGUCUAAAUAUUGGUAGCAAG